GCGCUUAUUGAAUUUCUUCACAAAUGACCAAAAGUAGGGAUAGUACGAAUCUGGGAGAAGACGAUACAUCUGUCAUAACUAAGAAAUCAGAUAUAGGUCAGCAUUUUUUACGUGCUGCACGUGCUGGAAAUAUUCAAAAGGUUUUGAUACUCAUCAAUGAGCACAACGCAGAUGUACAUGCCUGUAAUGCAAAUGGGUUAAAUGCGCUUCAUUUAGCUUCAAAAGAAGGUCAUGCAGAAGUUGUACGUGAAUUAAUUGAACGUGGUGCAAAACCGAAUACUGCUACGAAAAAAGGGAAUACAGCUUUACAUAUUGCAAGUUUAGCUGGUCAAUUUGAAGUGGUUAAAUUAUUACUAGAGGCUGGAGCUGAAGUGAAUAUUCAAGCUCAGAAUGGUUUCACUCCAUUGUAUAUGGCUGCUCAAGAAAAUCAUUUGGAAGUUGUACGUCUACUAUUAGCCAAUGGUGCCAAUCCUGGUUUAACUACAGAUGAUGGUUUUACACCACUUGCUGUAGCUUUACAACAAGGUCAUGAUCGUGUAGUUGCUUUAUUAUUAGAAAGUGAUUCUCGUGGUAAAAUCUGUUUACCAGCUUUACAUAUUGCAUCUAAAAAGGAUGAUAUUAAAGCUGCCAAUUUAUUAUUAAAUAGCGAUGUCAAUGUAGAUCAUCAAUCAGCUAGUGGAUUCACUCCACUUCACAUCGCUGCACAUUAUGGUAAUGUGAAUAUGACUGAAUUACUGAUAUCACGUGGUGCUAAUAUUAAUUUUCAAGCUAAAAACAAUAUAACUCCAUUGCAUGUAGCAUCUAAAUGGGGUAAUCAAGGUGUAGCUGAACGUUUAAUUACAGCUGGUGCGGAACUUGACUGUCGUACACGUGAUGGAUUGACACCAUUACACUGUGCUGCUAGAUCUGGACAUGAUACAGUUGUUCAAUUAUUAUUAAGUGCUGGAGCACAUAUCUCUGCUAAAACAAGGAGUGGUUUAAAUUCAUUACAUAUGGCAGCUCAAGGUGAUCAUGUAGAUACUGCACGUUUACUUUUACAACAUGGAGCACAAUCUGACGAUCCAACAAUUGACUUUUUAACCGCAUUACAUGUUGCUGCACAUUGUGGUAAUGUACGUGUAGCAAAAUUAUUACUUGAGCGUGGAUGUGAUGUCAAUGCAAGAGCAUUGAAUGGAUUUACACCUUUACAUAUUGCAUGUCAAAAAAAUCGAAUUAAAAUUGUUGAACUGUUAUUGAAAUAUAAUUGUUUGAUUCAAGCUACAACAGAGUCUGGUUUAACACCAUUACACGUUGCAUGUUUCAUGGGGCAUCUAAAUAUUGUCGUUUUAUUAUUACAACAUGGUGCUAAUGCAAAUGCACCAACUGUACGUUGUGAAACUAGUUUACACUUGGCAACACGUGCUGGACAAACUGAUGUAGCUCGUCUACUCUUACGUAAUGGUGCUCAAGUGGAUGUGAAAGCUAGAGGCAACCAGACACCACUUCAUAUAGCAUCACGUAUUGGUAAUUUAGAAUUAGUCACUUUACUAUUGGAAUAUGCUGCUAAUGUACAGUGUUCAACCAAAGAUACUUAUACAGCAUUACAUUUAGCUGCAAAAGGUAAUCAUAAAGAGAUAUGUGAAUUAUUAUUAAAAAAUGGAGCAGAACUAGAAAUAACAACGAAGUCUGGUUUCACUCCAUUACACUUAGCUGUGAAACAUUCGCAUUUAGAAACAGCUAAAUUUUUACUUUUAUCCGGUGCUGAUAUGAAUGCAGUUGGACGUAAUGGUUUAACACCAUUACAUUUGGCUACACAUUACGGAUGUUUACCUAUGGUUGAAUUAUUACUUGAACAUAAAGCAUCUCCAGUUUCACAAGCUAAAAAUGGUUUUAUUCCAUUGCAUAUUGCCGCAGAAAAACAUUUAGUGGAUAUUGGCAAAUUAUUAAUUGAAGCUACUGUUGACAGUAAUAAUAAGAAUAAGAAAAAUAUUAAUGAUAAUGGCGGUUGUGGUGUCGAUGGUGGUUGUUGUAGUAUACAAUCACGUAAUGGUUUCACUCCGUUACAUUUAGCUUGUCAAGAUGGAAAUGAGAAAAUGACUAAAUUACUAAUUGAUUCUGGAUCUAAAGUAAAUGCUUUAGCUAAAAAUGGUCUUACAGCAAUGCAUUUAGCAGCACAAGAGGAUAGUGUUAAAGCUGCAGAAUUAUUAUUUAACGCUGGUUCUGAGUUAGAUUUGAAAACAAAAGCAGGAUAUACUCCUUUACAUACAGCUUGCCAUUUUGGUCAAGUAAAUAUGGUUCGAUUUUUACUUGGCAAAGGUGCUGAUGUGAAUGCUAUAACAUGUAUGGGAUCAAAUGCUUUACAUUUAGCUGCACAACAAGGUCAUUCAACAGUUAUUUACAUUUUAUUAGAAAGUGGCGCUAAUCCAAAUAUGCGUAACAAGUAUGGUUGGACACCAGCGCAUGUUGCUCGUCAUCAACAUUAUUUAAAUAUAUUUGAAGCAUUACGUCAGGUAACUACAUGUGUGGAAUCAUGGGAGCAUGAAAAUACUGAUGAAUUGCCAAUGAAUGCAGAAUUGGCAUCAUCUAUAUCAUCUGGUCCAGAGUAUCAUAAUUCAUCUUUGAGUAGACAACAGCAUAUCUCUGCUAAUCGACUUGGCCUUGAACAUCCAGACAUGAUGAGAGAUAAUCCAAUUACAGAUACUGAAGAAGAAUGUAUUGAACCGGAUUUCACAAUUAUGCCAUCAUCACCAUUAUUUUCACGUGCACAAAGUAGACAGAGCCUUAGUCAACAAAUACACAUACAACCACAACAACAACAAUAUGUUCAACAUCAUCCACAAUCUCAUCACAAAUCAGAUAACAAACAUUCUGAUGAACAACAUUAUGGACAUCGUAGUGGUGGUGUGAAUCACGUUAAAAUAGCUCCAGAUAAAUUAUCAAAUGUAUCAGGUGAAGAUAGUAUACAUGAAGGCACAACAGCGGAAAAUGCUCACGCACUGAAUUGGCGUGAUGGACAUUUAAAUUAUGGUACCAGGGAAGUUGGAUUGUCUGAAACUCGAAUAAGUCGAGAUUAUGCUGAACUCGGUAUGGCAGGUGCUCCAAGUUUAACAGGGUUUUCCGGACUAGUCGAAUGGGAUUUCACCCCAGACAAUGUACCGAUUCCUCGAAGACCUAUAGCUUCAGGGUGAGUACAGUAAUCUUUAUUUUAUUUUCAUUAUUAUAAACAGAACAACACUAUCCAACACUUCAAAUAUUAUAUGAUAAUCGUUUCUUGUCAUACAGUUGUCAUUAUUUUUCUAUAGUUUUAAACUUCUAGUUUCAGAAUUGUUAAGCAUGUUUUCUGUCAUAAUUCUAUUUUUAAUAUCAAGGCAUCUGUUUCAAUAGUUAAUCUUACAACAUAAGAAGAACCUGUUCAUUUUCAAGUCACAAUAGAAAACUCCCAAAUUUCCUUUCUUUUUACCAAAGGAAAGUUUCCACCUAAAGAAUUCAUAUAAUUUUUUUUUUCAAAUCUCAUUAAUUUUGAAUUAAGAAAAGUUUUAUUGUCAUAUUUACUUUCUCUCUAAGGUCACCUCAAGGUUACUUCUAUAACCGGCACUCAUUUUAACCAAUUAUCAUAUAGAAUUUUUCACCUUGAAAUUGUUUUAUUCACGCCCACAAUAUGACUUUAUGAAAAUGUUUAUGAUUGGUAUAUAGAUAACUGAGAUACACUAAUAAAAUACAUGCC